AAAAACCAGAACAUCGAGUCUAGUCGAAAACAUGGACAUGUCAGUAACGCUGGAGGAUGAGCCGAUUGCUCUAGGACCAAAUCAAUCCGCGAGGCUUUCCGUUGAAAAUAAUCACAUUUGCAUACUAUGCCAGGAAGAAGAAAAAAUCACUGCUGAUGGGCCGACUAUGGUUCUCGCAGCCUUUGUGCAACAGGCUACUGUUCUCUGUCAAAAUAAACAUGAGGAACAAUUUAUGGAUGUCUCCAGGCAUGAUCCCUUGUAUCUUCACGCCAACUUAGGGCCUUCACCCCACACCAGCACGUGCGGCCAUGUAAUGCACAGUGAUUGCUGGAGGAAGUAUUUUGAAAAUAUUAUGCUUCGAGAGCACAGAAGACCUUACAGAUUAAGGCAUCCAGCCAGCUUCGACAUAGACAAGCAAGAAUUUCUUUGUCCACUGUGCGAAUGUUUGAGCAACACCGUCCUUCCCUUACUUCCUUCCCUCAACUAUCUUCAACCCUCGUACCCAAAAAACGAUAUAUCUUUCCAAGAAUUCAUAGCCGGUAUCUCCCAAGUCCUAGCCAAAAAGCAAAUGGUCUGUCAUGGCGUCUUCAAAUGCAACACCUCAGAUGAAUGUAACAACAAACACUGUGACGCGUGCAUGCAUGGCACGAACAUCGAGCCUCCGAGUGUUGACUGUGAAGUAAACUGGAUACUGCAGCCUCAUCAAGUUUUUUACAGCUACGAGCUCGACUCCGAUCUAUCUGAUAAGUUUCGGCAGCUAUUUCCGACGGAAGUUCCUUUCAUCGACGAACCUCACAAAGACAUGAUCCAACUGUUCACUCAGGUUGCAUACACGCGAGGGUUAAACGUCAACCCUCACCCUUCAGAUAAACGACUCGCUCCGAUGUGUUGGAAAACUUUGGCUUACACGAUUCACUCGAUAGAAGUCCUUCUGCGAGACGCCAACAAGCCGCUACUAGGACAUUUAUCAAGCAGACACAGGGACGCUAUCGAGAAUCUCGUUAGGGUCGUAGCAGCUCUAGGAAGUACUUGGCAGCGUGGCAUUUUCAUUAACAGCCAUGCGAUACAAUUGCUGUCGAUGCUGUUUGAACACGGAAAUGAAGGUCCGUCCAUUUUGCAAUGGGACACGUUCGGCUUAUUGGUCAGCCUUACGUUUUCUGUGCCGAGUCUGUCGUGCAAGUAUGCUCCUGUGCCUAUUCCCACAGGCAGCGCCUUAGACCUGCACCUGUUGAAAGUAAUAUUCUUGUGUCAUGUCAUCAAAGUACUCGUUUCGAUGGAUGUCGACCACGAUAGCUGCAUGGAUACCGAUGAAGACAAUGAGCAGAUCCUAGACGUAUUACGAAUUCUAGGAAAAUGCGUCGACGUCAGCGCUUAUGCAGUGUGGGGAUACGUACAACGUGCUUGCGAGCCUUUCUUGCGAUGUUGCGUGCUUUUUUACCACUAUUUAACCGAAGUGGCCGCGCCUGCGAAACUCACUGAGCUCGGAGGCGACACCUUUGGAACCAUGUGCACCUAUCUCAACCUUCCGAUGACUCCUAAAGAGCUGUUUGGUACUCCUGAAGCGGUUCAACUUAUUCAACGGUGGUGUGACCACGAAGAAGUCGUCUGCUAUCUAGGAGGCGGGAACCUGACGGUCAUUCACGAACCUCUGAUCGUUCCGGAGCUCAUAGGUCUACCGUCGGACUAUAGUGACCUCAUCAACAUGGUCUCGACGUUUACAUGUCCGAAUAGUGAUGAAGACUCGAAGAACCCUUGCAUGUGCCUCAUGUGUGGCGAACUGCUCUGCUCGCAAAGCUACUGUUGCCAGAGGGAAAUGAAUAAAAUCGCGGUAGGGGCGUGCAAUCACCACGCGAAUAAGUGUGGAGCUGGGGUUGGGAUCUUUUUGAGAGUGCGCGAAUGUGAGGUGCUGUUUCUUGCAGCGCCUCACAGAGGUUGUUUCGUGACGCCACCGUAUUUGGACGAUUAUGGGGAGACCGAUCAGGGCCUCCGCAGGGGUAAUCCAUUGCGGUUGUGCCGCGAGAGAUACAAGAAGUUGCAGACUUUGUGGUUGAGCCACGGCGUUCACGAAGAGAUCGCGAGGUCGAUAGAGACCAGCAGUCACAUAGUCGCAACACAGUGGAACCUUUUGUAGGCUUAUGCCGAAAAUUGUGAUUUUUAUUUGCGACUGGUGAGUAGUAGUAUUUUCCAAUGUCUGUUCAAUAUACUUGAAUUAAGUUUCGAAAGCUGUUGAAACUUUUUUCCUAUUGUCUUUUCCCGUCCUUAGUACCUGUUAGAGUGAGGCAGCAGUUUGGUUUCUUGAAAGUACCAAGUAAAAUCAAAACACCAAAUUGACUUAGAUUUAGUAGCUGCAAAUAAUUGUCCUUAGGCCCAAACUUUGUGUGAUCAACAUUUUGAUUUCUACAUAGCAUUAUUAUACUUCGUGAUACUUGAAAAUUCAGAUGAUUUGAAGAUCUAUUACGUAUUUGGAACUUUCCUUUCAUUCAGAGUGAAAGAAAUAAUUGAAUGAAUUUUGACAGUCAUUUACUGUAAUCAAAGCAGACUUAUUAAAGAAAAUACUACUACAGCAAAAUGAUGAAAAAAUAUUAUUGUGAUUUUUGCUCCACCACUAAUAAUGAAUAAAUUAUAACUGACUUCAGUCUUGUGUAUCGAUUACUAGUUUGAAAUCUGCAGUGCUAAUUUUUGUUUGUACUAGGUACUUAACUCACAAUUUCAAGCAAGCAUUUGUGAAAUGCUCUUUCUUUCUGAAUAAAAAAGAAAUGUAUUUAUUUAUUGGUAAAUAUUGAAAUAAGCUGUUGUAUAAUAGUGAUAUAUAAAAGUUGAAUUUA